AUGCCACGCAGAGGAAGCAGUUCACGGCAGAAGAAGCGACCAUCUUCAGAAGAUGAAACGAAAUCCCAACACAACGCCGAAGGAUCCCUGACGGAAAUAUCUCGGGAUGCCGUGGGAAAACUUCUACGCCGUGCUAACAGAGGUAGCAAGAAAAAGACUACGGUUGAUUUUGAACCGGAACAAAAUGUUACUCGGGUAUUGGAACCGAUUGUCCCACCAAAAACUUCAGAAGUUGAACACUGUAAUAGAAAUUCUAUUGGAAAGGAUUCUGCAGAAGAGAAAUGUGGUCAUGUAAGUUUAGAUGAGGGAUAUGCGGAUAAAAAGGAAGAAUUAGAUGACUCAGAUUGGGAAGACGGUACAGUUGCCAUGGAUGAUCUUCCCAUGACAAUUGAAUUGAAUGUGACCCCUGAUUCAUCUGUAAAGAAACAAAUUCGCCGAGCUUCUGCUGAAGAUAAGGAAUUGGCUGAACUUGUGCACAAGGCUCAUUUGCUUUGUUUACUUGCUCGGGGAAGAUUAAUAGACCGUGCUUGUGAUGAUGUUUUAAUUCAGGCUUCUCUGCUUUCUCUACUUCCAGUGGACUUGUUCCCGCAAUCAAAAGUCACAAAACUCACUUCAAAAGAUCUACAUCCUUUAAUCUCAUGGUUCCAUGACAAUUUCCAUGUUAAAAACUAUACAAAUGGAGAAAAGUCACCACACUUUGCUUUGGCAUCUGCUUUAGAAUUACACGAAGGUAGUUCUGAAGAGAUUGCAGCUUUAUCGGUGGCACUAUUUAGAGCUUUAAAUCUUACAGCCAGGUUUGUCUCCAUUUUGGAUGUUUCACCUCUUAAACCAGAUCAAUCCUUUAGACCAAUUGCAAGUGGAUCUAGUAAGGGGAUAUUUAAUACUUCAACACCAAUGGUAUCUAAGCAAAAGUUGGAUUUUAAGUCACCUAAAAAAUCACUGUCUUGUAAGAGAGAGAAACUAUGUGAAAGCUCUCUUGGUCAUUCACGGAAAAGUAAGAAACGCAGUGCACCGAGCGAUAUGGAUCAGUCUAAAGAUCCUUCUGUUGCUGAAGAUUUGGAUCGUACAGUGGCAAACUUCCCAACUUCUGAGGCACAAGUCAACGACCCUGAAUCACAUAUAACUGACAAAUCUCAUAAAUCAAAGAGGAAGGGGGAUCUUGAAUUUGAGAUGCAGAUGGAAAUGGCUCUUUCUACUACAGCAAUUGAAUGUGCUAAGACUAAAGAAGAGUCUGGUGAAAAUAUUGAAUCAUCAAAAUUUUCUUGUCCAUCAAAAAGAAUAAAAAGAGUUAUAGGUGAAGAAUCUUCAACCUCUCCCCAACUAAUUUCUACAGCAGUUGGAUCAAUGAGAGUAGGAUCUCCUUUGUAUUGGGCAGAAGUAUAUUGCAGUGAAGAAAAUUUGACAGGAAAGUGGGUGCAUAUCGAUGCUGUGAAUUUGAUUAUUGAUGGAGAAGACAAGGUUGAAGCUAUGGUUGCUGCUUGCAAAUCAUCUUUGAGAUAUGUUGUUGCUUUUGCUGGGCAGGGGGCCAAAGAUGUGACCCGCAGGUACUGUAUGAAGUGGCACAAAAUUGCAUCACAACGAGUUAAUUCAACAUGGUGGGAUUCAGUGUUGGCACCACUGAGAAACUUAGAGUCUGGAGCAACUGGAGGUGUGGCUCAUUUGAGAACAAACCAAUCCACUGCAACAGAAGCCAACAUGAAUGAUUCUUUUGUUCCUACAAGGAGCUCUCUUGAGGAUAUUGAAUUAGAAACCAGGGCAUUAACUGAGCCUCUUCCAACCAACCAGCAGGCCUACAAAAGUCAUCCACUUUAUGCCAUAGAAAAAUGGCUUACAAAAUAUCAACUACUUCAUCCAAAGGGUCCGAUUCUGGGGUUUUGUUCAGGUCACCCGGUUUACCCUAGGACUUGUGUGCAAACUGUUAUGACAAAAGAAAGAUGGCUCCGGGAAGGGCUGCAAGUGAAACCCAAUGAAAACCCUGCAAAGGAGCUUAAACGACCCAUUAAGCCUCAGAAAGUACAAGAUUUUGAAGCUGAUGACCGUGACUGCACCACAGAUUCUAAGGAAAAUAUUAAACUUUAUGGGAAAUGGCAACUAGAACCAUUAAAUCUUCCUCAUGCAGUGAAUGGAAUAGUUCCUAAGAACGAUCGUGGUCAAGUAGAUGUUUGGUCUGAGAAAUGUCUACCACCGGGUACUGUGCACUUGAGGUUUCCGAGGGCAUAUACUGUUGCCAAGAGGCUAGAGAUUGAUUAUGCACCUGCUAUGGUUGGUUUUGAAUUUAAAAAUGGCCGAUCAUAUCCUGUCUAUGAUGGUAUUGUGGUGUGUGCUGAGUUCAAGGAUACACUGUUAGAGGCAUUUGCAGAAGAAGACGAACGACGGAAAGCAGAAGAAAAGAAAAGAGAUGAAGCACAAGCUCUUCGGCGAUGGUACCAGCUUCUUUCGUCUAUUGUAACUCGUCAAAGGUUAAACAAUCGUUAUAAUAACAAUUCAAAAUCAGAGGUGGCAAAUGCUGCCCAGGAUAUGAAGGAUAACAUGUCAAAUGCCACAGUUUGUGGUAGUAAUGACCAGAAUCAGACUCCCGAAAACCAUCAGAUGGACAACCGCGAUACCAAUCUUGAUGAAUCGGUAAGUACUUCAGUCAAAGACCAUGAGCAUGUUUUCUUGAAAGAGAACGAGAGCUUUGAUGAGGAAACUUUUUUACUUACAAAGCGAUGCCAAUGUGGAUUUUCUGUUCAAGUAGAAGAAUUAUAA